AUGGCUUCCUCGCUGAAAAACCUCUGGGGUCGCGUCGCCGGCGCCUCCUCCACCGAACUCCCUGAAGGCUUCACCAAAGCCCCCAAGGACCAACUCUUCCCCGCGACCAAUCCCGCUGUCGAUGGCGAAGAUUGCCUUCAUGAUUGCGAGACUUGCACUAUAAAAUACCCCAAGAAAUGGAGCAUCGACGAGGACGCCGAUAUGUAUGGCCACAUUGAGGGCUGGCAGACGCACUUGGUCGUCGCGACCGGCAAGACUGACUGGGUUAGGGACGUGGCGGAUGAAGCUGGCAGUAUCAUGCAGGCUGUGGAGAAGAGCAAAGUCAAGCCAGCAAAUGGCAAAAUGAUGAUAUCCGCCUCCAACAUGCCCGUUCCAGACCACGACCCGCUGCCCGAGGGCGCAGAAGUCCCGACGACUGUCUUGCUCCUCCCCUCCUUCACCGUCCUCGACAACGUCACGCCCUCCAGCGUCCCGGGCCUCAUAACCAACUACGUCAACACCUCGCCCACCAACACCAUGCCGCUGAACCACAGCGCUCUCCCCGCCGCCCCCGAGCAAGCCGCAUCUAUCCCCUCGUCACUGAAACCCCGCAACUGCCCCCACGACUACAUCAUCAUGCUGUGCAGCCACAAGACGCGCGACGCGCGCUGCGGACAAUCGGCGCCGCUGCUGCGUCGCGAGUUCGAGCGGCAGCUGCGGCCUCUCGGCCUGUACCGCGACCUGCACGACGAGCGUCCCGGUGGAGUCGGUAUAUACUUCAUCAACCAUGUCGGCGGGCACAAGUUUGCUGCCAACGUGUUGAUAUAUCGGAGGGUUGGGAGCGCAGGCGUUGUUGCGCCGCCACCGGCUGAGCAGCCGGACGGGGAGACAAAUGGCGAGGCAAAUGGCGAGACGAAUCGCGAGGCCGCGCAGUGUAUUUGGCUGGGUAGGGUCAGGCCAUCUGACUGUGAGAACCUGGUCAAGUACACAUUAUUGCAGGGCAAACUUGUGAAGCCAGGCAGUCAGUUGAGAGGAGGUUUUGAUAGAGGAAGACAGCUUGUCAGCUGGUAG